CGACGGGGUUUUGGGCAAAAAAAGUUCCUCCCGAAGGUGCAAUUCGACAUUUCUAAGCAAUACACUACGAAGACUCAUAUAACAUCGCGCAUACUGCAGUGCGUAUUUUGUACACGUCCUGUACCUACUAUUCCCCCUGCAAAAAUCGUUAUCGAGCAAGCCCACAACAUGUCAAGCACAAAUCCCACGUCGAACCAGCCUCAACACGAUGAGGACGACAUCGAUGUACACGACGUAGACAACACACUUGACGCCGAGGAAGCCGAGGAAAUUGUAGAGGACGAUGGCGACGUUCCCAUGGACUCAGACGACGAGGGCGACGAGGGUCGCCAAGAAAUGCAGAUGGAGAUCAACCUACAAAACGACUCGGUCGCGCAUUUUGACCAACACAAGGACAGCAUCUUCUGCAUAGCGCAACAUCCAGUGCACCACGAGAUCAUCGCCACAGGAGGCGGCGACGAUGUCGGCUACAUUGUCGACGUGUCUUCGGCGGCAGCAGCGCAACCGAGCAGCGACGGACAACCCACCGAGCGCGACGGCCUGAAGAGCAUCUUCACACUAGACGGACACAAGGACUCGGUCAACGCCAUUACAUUCACUCAGCCAAAGGGACAAUUCGUAGCGACAGCUGGCCUGGACGGCAAAUUGCGUGUUUGGCAGGGCGUUCCCGACGGCAAGAAGUGGAAGUUCCUAGCAGAGGCGCAGGAGGUUGAGGAGAUCAACUGGGUCGCCCCGAACCCGUCGCCCGACCACCCCAACGUUAUCGCGCUUGGCGCGAACGACGGCUCGGUAUGGGUGUACCAGAUCAGCACAGAGAAGAACAACGAGCUACGGGUGCUACAAGCUUACUACCUCCACACCGAGACCUGCACUGCCGGCACAUGGUCACCCGACGGUUCCCUCCUCGCUACCAUCUCCGAAGACUCGAGUCUGUACGUGUGGGAUGUAUUCGGUGAUGCUGCCUCCCAGGGUCUCACAGCGACUACCGACUCGCAAGCCGUGGUUGGUCUGACAGGCCUGGACGAGCGUUUCCGUGUUGAGGGCGGACUAUACUCUGUCGGUAUCCCGCCAUCUGGCGCAUUCGUCGCAGUCGGUGGUCCCGAAGGUCAAAUCCGAAUCGUCGGUCUACCGCGCCUUUCCCUCGCCGCGCCCGCCCAAGCAUCAACAUCGUCGAGUGCUGGACAGAUCCUGGCCAGUCUCCAGGCAGGAAGCGACAACGUCGAGUGCAUGAGCUUCUCCUCCGCGCCCCUCACCCUCAUGGCCGCCGGCAACGUCGACGGCUCCAUCACCCUCUUCGACACCGCACAUCGCUUUGCCGUCCGAAGGCGGAUAGAAGAUGCGCACGCCGACGAAGAGUCCCCACAGGCUGUCGUCAAGCUCGAGUUUGUCGCCAAGGAAGGUCCAGGAGGUUGGUUGCUGACGAGCGCGGGAUACGACGGUGUCCUGAAGCGAUGGGAUGCACGAGGCGGAACAGCUGCGGCUGGAAAGGGCCUCGUAGGCGAAUGGAAGGGACACAGGGGAGGCGGUGAGGGAGGAGGUAUCAUGGCCUUUGUACAAGGAGCUGCUCAAUGUUCAGGAAACACUAUCUGACCUGGUAUACACGAACAUCUCACUCACCCAUACCGUUCCGUGUGCACGUUAUCGGUUCCUGGCUACCACAUACAACACAACGCCGAAAACCCGAAUCAAACAAGUAUGAAACCACCUACCCAAGCACGACCGAACAAUCUCACAAACACGUCUGUAUGGCCCCGGGUAACGCCUCCACUACCAUCAACACUCUUUCCAUAAGUUGCUUCAUCUGGUAGGUACUAUUGGUAGCGGAUAUAGCUUGCUGGCGGUCGUGUUCUAGAUGUGCUACACGCUACGGGGCAAUGCAGGGCGUAUGUGUGGGGGAGAGGGGGGAGUUUGAGCCAUGGAAAGCCUGUGAGAGUACGGAUGUGCGUUAUUAAAAGGAUGGAUAUCCACGUCUUGCACUACAUGAACGCACCAAGGGAA